GAUGAUAUGUUGGAGCUGUGCCGAGCUGCGUCGGCGCGGCAGGUGCGCGUGCGCGCGACUCACGAGCGCUCGCCGCCGCUGGCCCCGGACGGGGUGCACCGAGAGGGCGUCCUCCUCGAUGUUGGCUGUCCAUGGGCAGCACACGUCGUGGCCCUGUCGUCGUCGAGCCGCGCCUUCAAUCAUCGCUACACAUGGUUGCUGGUCCACAACUCCAGUUCCGACGCCCCAGAGGCAGACAGCCUGCUGGGCAAGGCCGCCAUCUUGCCCGAUGCCGACCUCACGUGGGCAGACGACGACGCCCUCGUUGACCUCUACAGGGUGAAAGAAUCCCAGCCUCUCAUAUCCACAACUUUAACAGCCAAUACGAGCGCCACACAGCGGGAAAUGGAAUACCUGUGGGCAGCUCUUCCAACGGCGGUGGCGCGCAGGAGGGACUUGCAAAAUGUUUAUCUGAAAGCAGCUACCAUUAUUUCACAGCCGCAUCACUUUAAAGGAUGGACUGAUUUAACGGUUCGACAUAUCGAUACAUUUCCUAAAUUGACUUACCCGUUAAUGAUGCUAUGCGCAGAGGACUUGCACUUUCGGUAUAACCUGAAGCAGGUGGACUUGUACGGCGAGGAGCGCAACGGGUCCUUCGACGGGCUCGCGGGGAUGCUGCAGCGCGACGAGAUCGAGAUCGGCAUCACGUCCAUGUUCAUGCGCGCGGACCGCAUGCGCGUGCUGCACUUCAGCGCGGAGACCGUUGAGCUCAGAGGCGCGUUCAUAUUCCGUCAGCCGUCGCAGUCGUCGGUGUCGAACGUUUUCCUGCUGCCGUUGAGCCGCGGCGUGUGGGCGUCGGCGAUGGCGGUGUUCGUCACGGCGGGCGCGCUGCUGGCCGCGCUGAGCCGCCGCCCCACCCACCACUCGACUCUACAGCCGCUCACGGUCGCCGAGUGCUUCACCUUCACCAUAGGAACGGUGUGCCAGCAAGGUUCCCACUUGAGCCCGAAUGUGGUGUCGGUGCGCGUGGUGAUGCUGUUCACUCUGCUCUCGUCGCUGUUCGUGUUCACGUCGUACUCCGCCAAGAUCGUGGCCAUCCUGCAGACGCCCAGCGACGCCAUACAGACCAUCGACGACCUCACCCGCUCGCCCAUGGCGCUCGGCGUGCAGGAGACUACAUACAAACGUGUCUACUUUGCUGAAAGCAACGACCCGGCAACGCAGCGGCUGUACCGCCAUAAGUUGUUGCCGCUGGGCGAGCGCGCCUACCUCAGCGUGGUGGACGGCGUCAACCGCCUGCGCACCGGCCUCUUCGCCUUCCAGGUGGAGGAGAGCUCGGGGUACGACAUCAUCAGUAAGACGUUCACGGAGAGCGAGAAGUGCGGACUUCAGCGGAUACAGGCGUUCAAACUGCCCAUGGUCGCCAUUCCGAUACGGAGACUGUCCGGGUAUCGCGAUCUUCUCGCAGCAAGGUUGCGCUGGCAGCGUGAGGUAGGCGUGAUGGGGCGAUGGCGCCACGUGUGGCUGGCGGAGCGCACCCGGUGCAUGGCGGCCGGCACCGGGUUCGUGAGCGUGCGCCUCAACGACGUGUGGCCCGCGCUGCAGGCAAUACUGUCCCACUGACGUCACAACUAGGGCCAUAUGUGUGGCUGCGCUGACCCAAUAGACAGCACGAUCUGGCUACGAUUGUUAAAAUCAAGCAACUUUCGCAAUGGCCGACUAGUCGUUGGAUGUGUGAUUUAUUACUCGAGCUCCUCGGUGCCUCGGAAGAUACGUUAGUCCCAGCUGCAUGUGCAGUCUUUAGCACCCACCAAUCCGCACUG